AUGUCAUCACCGCCCAAACCACCGAUACCCAAAGCCGCAGAGCCCAAGUACGGCCAGACCUUCGAUCCCUGGAACUCGUCAUCGAGCGGCCACCAGCGCGCCGAGAACCGGCUGGGCGACAGCACCGGAUGGCGGGAUUCGCGCAACAAGAAGCUGAUGAGCCAGUUCAAGGGCGGCGCGAGCGGCGGGCAACGGGUCUCCGACACAGUGGGCGCCGGGUCGAAGUACUGGGAUCCAAACGCGAAGGCGCUGAUACCGCCGGAGCUGCGGUCCCGGGCUCAGAGCUCCGUGAUGGACAUGCUGGCGAAUCCGGGCACUAUGAAGCCGACCCUAUCAUCUACGGCAGACAGUCGGCGAGCAAAUCCUGACGAGAGCGAGAGGCACAGUGCUCUUACGGCAGAGGAGAGGCUCAUGGCGCAGCGCAGGGUGGAGGACGAAGCGCGGGUAGCGGAGAAGGAGCGGCCACGGGGCAUGUUCGACGGCGUGGUCGUCUACGUCAACGGGAGCACGCAUCCGCUCAUCUCCGACCACAAGCUCAAGCACGUGCUGGCAGAGCACGGGGCCAAGAUGUCGUCUCACUUGGGACGGCGGAAGGUCACGCACAUCAUCCUAGGGAGGCCCGCCGGUGGAAAAGGGGGUGCUGGGGGCGGCCUCGCUGGUGGCAAGUUGCAGAAGGAGAUCCAGAAGGUUGGCGGCUGCGGUGUGAAGUUCGUGGGCGUCGAAUGGGUCCUCGAGUCGAUUAAGGCUGGGAAGAGACUUCCAGAGGCGGGCUUCAGUGACCUGAAGAUUGCUUCAAGGGGCCAGCAGAGCGUGCACGGGUUAUACUCGAAGCAAAAGGCGUCUGUGACAGACAACUCUGGACCUCCUCCAAGCGGCCAAGCUUGA